UGCGUCGUAUAUAUCGCUUGGUUCCUCCGCUUUUCGUUUUUUAUACCACUGUCUGACCUCCUGCUCCUGAUUUCUGACUGCUCGAAGCUAUCUAGCUCAAGCUAUAGCUGUCACCCCGCACAAUGUCGAGCCAGCCGCUUCUACAAACUGCUCCAGGCAAACGCAUUGCCCUGCCUACGCGCGUCGAACCGAAAGUCUUCUUCGCUAACGAACGUACCUUCCUCUCGUGGCUUAACUUUACCGUCAUCCUAGGCGGCCUGGCUGUUGGCCUUCUCAACUUCGGAGACCGCGUUGGGCGCAUCUCCGCCGGUCUCUUCACCGUCAUUGCUAUGGCGGCCAUGAUAUAUGCCCUCGUGACCUUCCACUGGAGAGCGCAGAGCAUUCGAAAACGAGGCCACAGUGGCAUUGAUGACCGGUUUGGGCCAACUAUCUUGGCUAUCUCGUUACUUGCAGCUGUUGUAGUGAACUUUGUUCUACGUAUGUUGCAGGAUUAG